UACACACAUACACACACACAGUCACGGAGGCAUGGCGUGGACGGCCGGAGCGGUGGCGGUGCUGCUUGUCACGCUGCUCAUGAGCAGCUCAAGUGUCCAUGGAGACGAUCCUCACAUAAACUCCGCGACCAAAUCUGAGGUCCUGUUCCUGAAACCCACAGCUAACCGCAAGGAAAUCAUUGUCAUAGCUGAGGACAAGUGGGGAAGUCAAGCAUUCAAAGUCACUUUCAUGAAGGAAAAAUGUUUCCCAUCAUACCCUACGUGGCACUUCACACAGGUCAACGUAACCAAGGUAAUACCUAGAGCGUUGCAUCUCAAUAUGAGUGUUGGUACCUGUGAAGUGAACUGCGCGUGGAAAGAUCAACAAAAAGAUUCUGACACCGAAAAGGUUAAGAAUAUCAUAGUCACUUGUCUUGGCUUUGAGAAUUACACCAAGACGCCUAGACAACUGGUGGACCUUAAUAAAUAUACUUUCACCAACUGCACCAAUGAACUCCGUGAAAAACGUGACCAACCACCCUGUUCCCCAAGUGCCAUUUCAAUCACUGUCUCUCCAAAGACUGCCCAAUCCAAGGGUGCACCAUCCCAUGAUUUGCCCUCCAAAACCCCUCCCCACGGACGUCUCUCUAAGCUGGGGAUUAUCCUGCUGAUGGCGCUGGUGGUGCAGGUGUUGGGCACGGCUGUGAUGGCCGUGAUAGUGGUGGUGGUGAUACGCAGGGCUUCCAGGACAGCCACCAUCAUCAGACUUGACACGAAUGAGGAACUGCAGGAGGACAACAUAUCAGAUGCUUCCAGGCCUGCCAAAGACACCCACGAGCAAGAGUAACAACCAACACUUCCAACAGGUCUCUCUUGCUCCUCCUCCGUGCUGUUCCUGAUGAGGCUGAAGAGGUUAGGGUUGUAUUAGCACUACCACAUAGCAACUUUUUUGUUCACAUAAUGACCCUUGCAUUAUACAGAGUAACAGUAUUAUAGUAAUGGUGCUUACUGUUGUUGGUGUUGUAAUAAUUAUCUUUAUUAUUAUUAUCAAAUGGCAAAA